AUGAUAAUAUACUGCUUAAAAAAUAAUUUAUUCUGUUGUUUAGAAACUUGCAAUAUAAUGGAUGUGUACAAUGAUGAUAACAAAACUGAUUGUCAAAAUAAAAUAGAUAAUUUUGCCAAUUCAAUUUCUAAUGCAAAUGUUAAUAUUUAUAAUAUAUACAGUGUUCUUCAACGUUGUGUCUUAAAAGCUUUACACAUUCCAAUUGAACGAAAUUUUACAUGGAGAAUUGGUAGUGAUAAAGUUAGUCAAAAUUAUGAAACAACUCAAGAUGAUAUGUCCCCUUUUAUUACAAAUGUUUUAAAUGCAAAAGUACCAGUUUUGCUUUAUUUUGGAGAAGCAGACUCGGUUUUAAGUUAUAUAAGUGGGCAAAGAUUUUGUGAAAGACUUGGACGAAGGGUGGGAAAUAUUAAAUUUAUUUGA